AUGGGCCUGGUGUGGUCGGUCUCGGUGAUUUCCCUGACUCUGACCUGGUCACGAUUCUUCUCGAAGCCGUCCCUCCGAAGCAGGAACACCAUCUUCACCCUGGGGACCCGGGGUGCUGUCAUCUCCCCCACUGAACUCGAGGCCCCCAUCCUGGUGCCCCACACUGCCCAGUGUGGAGAGCAGAGGUAUCCAUUCGAGGCUCUCUUCCGCAGUCAGCACUACGCCCUCCUCCACAAUUCCUGCCGUGAAUAUCUUUUCAUCUGUGAAUUCUUUGUCGUAUCUGGCCCAGCUGCUCAUGACGUGUUCCAUGCUGUCAUGGGCCGCACACUCGCCAUGACUCUGAAACACCUGGAGUCCUACCUGGCCGACUGCUACGACGCCAUUGCUGUUUUCCUCUGUAUCCACAUCGUUCUCCGAUUCCGCAACAUCGCAGCCAAGAGGGAUGUCCCUGCCCUGGACAGGUACUGGGAGCAGGUGCUUGCCUUGCUGUGGCCUCGCUUUGAGCUGAUCCUGGAGAUGAAUGUCCAGAGUGUCCGCAGCACCGACCCCCAGCGCCUUGGGGGCCUGGACACUCGGCCCCACUAUGUGAGGGCUGAUCACAGCCGCUAUGCUGAGUUCUCCUCUGAGCUUGUGAGCAUCAACCAGACCAUCCCCAAUGAGCGCACCCUGCAGCUGCUGGGACAGUUACAGGUGGAGGUGGAGAAUUUUGUCCUCCAAGUGGCUGCGGAGUUCUCCUCCAGGAAGGAGCAGCUUGUGUUUCUGAUCAACAACUACGACAUGAUGCUGGGUGUGCUGAUGGAGCGGGCAGCUGAGGACAGCAAGGAGGUGGAGAGCUUUCAGCAGCUGCUCAAUGCUCGCACACAGGAAUUCAUUGAAGAGCUGCUGUCUCCCUGCUUCGGGGGUCUGGUGGCCUUUGUGAAGGAGGCUGAAGGUUUGAUUGAGCGAGGACAGGCCGACCGACUUCGAGGGGAAGAAGCCCGAGUCACUCAGCUGAUCCGGGGCUUUGGGAGUUCCUGGAAGGCCUCCGUGGAGUCUCUGAGUCAGGAUGUGAUGCGCAGUUUCACCAACUUUCAAAAUGGAACCAGCAUCAUCCAGGGGGCGCUGACCCAGCUGAUCCAGCUCUACCAUCGCUUCCACCGGGUGCUGGCACAGCCGCAGCUCCGGGCGCUGCCGGCCAGGGCAGAGCUCAUCAACAUUCAUCACCUCAUGGUGGAGCUCAAGAAACACAAGCCCAACUUCUGACUGGGUCCCCGGGGUGACGGCUCCCAUGCGCUCUGAAUGUCACGCACUGACACUGGGACCUGACGGCUCCCACGGGCUCUGCAUGUCACACUCCGUCCCCUGGGUCCCCUUCCCUUCCUGUUGUCUCUCAGGCUCCCACACUCCUCACCGGCCUCCACUGCAGGAUUCUGCCUCAGCAGAGUGUGCAAGUCUGCUCCUCCCUGGACGUGGAGGGGACAUUAUCAUUCCUGUCCCUGUCCCUCCUCCCCUGUGCGUGCACACCUGUGAAAGCUCCCACACCUCAGUCUCUGAUCGACUCUCAAUCUUAGGACAGGGCAGUGGAGGCGGCCUUCCCUCUCUUGUAGCUUGGUCGUCUGCGGUCUCCACUUGAACACUAACCCAUAACCUACUGGCUGGGGGUUCAGGCUGUCUGUCUGUCUGUCUGUAGGCAAUAAUAAGCACUUAAUGUACUGUGACAGCAUCCCUUCCUUUGUCCUGACACCUUCAAGUUCUCCAGCAUUUAUUUCCUGUAGACCUCUCCGGUUCCCAGCCUGGGGGGCAUGAGGAAGAAGGCGGGGUGGUCACCUCG